AUGGAAAAGAUGAUGAAACAUCAAGAGCUAGCCAGUAAGAACCAUGAAGCUUCAAUGAGGAAUCUGGAAAGGCAAAUUGGCCAAUUAUCCAAGCAAGCAGUAGCUGAAAGAGCAUCCAAUGCAUUACCAAGUGACACCAAUCCCAAAGAAGAAUACAAAGCAAUCCAAUUAAGGAGUGGAAGAAUCUUGAAAAAUGACAAAGAAGCUAACAAGAGGCCAGCUGAGAAUGAUGAGGACGUUAGCAAGGAAGAAGUGACACUUAAGGAGAAGGACCAAGAAAAGCUCAAGGAGAAAGAGGAACUGUCACAAGCUUCAAAGAAGGGAAAGCAAAUCAUAGAAAAGCCAUACACUCCUCCCCUUCCAUAUCCUCAAAGGUUCAACAAGGAGAUCAAGGAUCAACAAUUUCCUAAGUUCCUAGAAGUUUUCAAAAAACUGGAAAUCAAUAUUCCACUUGCUGAAGUAUUGGAGCAAAUGCCCUUGUAUGCAAAGUUCUUAAAAGAACUCAUCAACAAGAAGAGGAGCUGGAAUGAAAAAGAGACAGUGAUCUUGACCCAAGAAUGCAGUGCUGUCAUCCAAAGAGGUCUUCCACCAAAGCUCAAAGAUCCAAGAAGCUUUAUCCUAUCUUGCACUAUAGGCAGCAUAACAUUGGACAAAACCCUCUGUGAUCUAGGAUCUGGCAUCAACUUGAUGCCUCUCUCAUUAAUGAAGCAGCUUGCAAUAGAAGAACUCAAACCAACUAGAAUGUCACUUCACUGCUGA